CGCUAUUCCUACUCUUAGCUGCUGAGACUUCAUACGUGACGGACGCAUACAGUUAGUAUUAAGUUUCAUUUAUUAAAAACAAAAACAAAAUGGCUGACCAGUCUAUGGAGCAACAAGAUUUUACCGAGGAUUGCACUGGUGGUGAUUUCCAGAAUAAUGCAAUGGAAAAUGGAGAUAACGGCUCCAUGCCGACAGACGACUCCGCUAAGGACAGUGGGUCGGCCGAUGCCCCUGGCAGAGACGAUGACAGGAAACUGUUUGUUGGUGGCCUUAGUUGGGAAACAAAUGAAGCAAAGUUGAGAGAACACUUCAGCAGAUAUGGUGAAAUUGACAGCAUUAAUGUCAAGACUGAUCCUAACACUGGAAGAUCUAGGGGAUUCGCUUUCAUUGUGUUCAGUACACCAGAAGCUAUAGACAAGGUCAUCAAUGCUGGAGAUCAUGUUAUCAAUGGCAAGAAGGUGGAUCCAAAGAAAGCCAAGGCACGACAUGGGAAGAUCUUCGUUGGUGGCCUUAAACCAGAACUGUCUGACGAUGAUAUUAAGAACUAUUUUGGAAAAUAUGGCACCAUUAUUGAAGUGGAGAUGCCUUUUGAUAAACAAAAGAAUCAGCGCAAGGGAUUCUGCUUCAUUACUUUUGAGCAAGAAGCUGUAGUCACAGAACUGUUAAAAACUCCCAAGCAGAGCAUAAAUGGAGUUGAAGUAGAUGUCAAGAAGGCCACCCCCAAGCCUGAUGCCAUGGGGAUGAUGCGUGGAGGCAUGAGAGGUGGUAUACGCGGAACCCGAGGAGCUCCAGGUGGGAUGAGAGGAGGAAGAGGCCGAGGCUGGGGAAACCAGGGUGGAUAUGGAGGAUACGGAGGAUAUGGUCAAAGCUAUGGCAGUGGCUAUGGAUCCUAUGGUGGUUAUGAUUAUGGAUAUGGCGGAUAUGGGGGUUAUGGUGGAUAUGGGGGCUACGGUAAUGAUUACUAUGGCUAUGGCAACGGUGGAUAUUAUGCUUCUUAGAUUAAAUGUACCCACGGGUCAGAACGGGGGGCAAGAUUACUAUUAGUGUUCAACGAGACUGAUUAUUUAUGGCGAUGUUGGCCCUUACCAGGCGGCCAAGGGUACGACGGGAAGAGCCAACGUGGGCGGCAGCAGACGCGGCACAACCCAUACUGAGGGAGGAGGGCGUCGAGACUAUAAUCAGACCUGCAACGGCACGUCCUACUAAGGAAUAGCAACGCUGACGGGAUCACCCCCACUUGUCGAGAGCCAGUCGUCUUCAUCCACCAGUAUCCUCAAGAAAACGCGUAUAUAUUUUACUAAUAAAAGACCAUAAAAACUGAAAAAUGCCAGAAAAAACCAGAAAAAAAAAUUUGUGAAAGUUCUUGUGAAGCAUUCCUGUGUACAGGGCAUUUGCUGUACUCUGGACAGUUCAUACAAAUAUUUUUUACUUAGUUUUAAGGAAUUUUUCCUGGCUGUACAGUCCGUACAUGUAUGAAUAAAGCGAUUUUUGUGUUAA